ACUGCAGUCAUCGAUAUAAAAUGUCCAUUGCCGUAAUAUUUGUUGUUUAUAUGUAUGUAGAGACCACUGCUUAAAAUUUUUGGCGGAAAGUGUACACAUGUGUGUCCUGGGUAUUACUCUGGAAGUUAUAAACAAGAACUUCCAUUCACCCGUCUGAGAGAAACCAGAGCCAUCUCAAAGGUAAAUGGAAAUACAAACUGAAACAGUGGUCGAAAACAAGGAACUAACAAAAAAGCAAGGAUACCUCUGUGGUGGUGUUAAAUAGUAGGGCAAUCGAUUGAUCGAUCAGAACCAAGGCACACAAUCAAGCUAUUUCAUUCAUGGCAUUUUUUACACGCAUUCAAGUUUAAGGGAAAAUAAGAUAAACACCUGUUACAGAAUAUUAAUAUUUUCUAUUAAUUUUGUAACAAUGGGAAGCACUUUGAACAAGAUCCUUUCGAGGCUCAUUGCCAAGAAAGAUGUACGUAUUUUGAUGGUUGGCUUGGAUGCAUCAGGAAAAACUACAAUUUUGUACAAGCUGAAACUUGGUGAGGUGGUAACAACUAUCCCUACCAUCGGAUUCAAUGUUGAAACUGUAGAAUAUAAAAAUAUUUCGUUUACCGUGUGGGACGUCGGUGGUCAGGACAAGAUAAGACCACUCUGGAAACACUACUACACAAACACACAAGCAGUAGUUUUCGUUGUUGAUAGUAACGAUCGCUCUAGAAUCAAAGACGCUAGAGAGGAAUUAAAUAAGAUGAUGAAUGAAGACGAGUUGCGUGAUGCAAUCUUGCUCAUUUACGCAAACAAGCAGGAUUUGCCAAAUGCCAUACCAGCCACUGAGUUGUCCAAGGAACUUGGCUUGCACCAAUUCACCAACAGGACAUGGUACAUACAAGCUGCUUGCGCUACUCAAGGUACGGGUCUCUAUGAGGGCAUGGAUUGGUUGACAAACACAAUAAAAUCAAAACCAUAAUUUAGUUGUAUUUCACGUUCAAACACCAUGAUAAUUGCUCGUUUUU